AUGAGUAGCUUCAGCAGAUCAAUUCGACCCUUGAUCACCCAUCACUGCCGCCACCACCGACCCCUGUCCCCUGUCAUCCUGAAGCGGUUUCUGGGCAUCCCCCCGCAGUUCCUUCUAGACGACUACAUCCCGCGAUGCCAACUUCUUUCGUCUGUCGACGCAGCGAAGAAACGCUCCCUCGCCUACUACCAUCUCCGGAAUUGCAAUCUCUGCCCGCGCCGGUGUGGUGUCGACCGGUACAGAGAGACGGGGGUAUGCCUGAUUGGCGCCGAAACCGUCAAAGUCAAUGUGAUUGCGCCGCACCGCGGGGAGGAGCCGUGUAUACAGGGAUACCACGGGAGCGGCUCGGUGUUUUUCUCCGGGUGUAAUCUGCGGUGUGUGUUUUGUCAGAACCAUGAUAUCGCUCAUCAGAGGAAUGGCUUCGACUUGACACCCGAGGAGCUGGCAGAAUGGUAUAUCAAGCUCCAGCAGGUGGGGAACGUGCAUAACAUCAACCUCGUCACGCCGGAACAUGUGGUGCCCCAGGUGGCUCUUUCGAUCUUAACGGCUAGGGACAUGGGGUUGAAGAUCCCGAUCAUCUACAAUACCUCGUCAUUUGACUCGCUCGAGUCGCUGGCGCUCAUGGAUGGUUUGGUGGAUAUCUACCUACCCGACUUCAAGGUGUGGAAGAGCAGCACGUCGCGACGGCUGCUCAAGGCGGACGACUACGCGGAAACCGCCAGGGAGAGCAUCAAGGAGAUGCACCGGCAGGUCGGAGACUUGUCUUUUACGUCUGAUGGGAUUGCGAAGAAGGGAGUCCUCCUGCGGCAUCUGGUCAUGCCGGGAAAGGAGGACGAGGGCCGUGAGAUCAUGCGCUGGCUUGCGGAGAAUGUCUCGCAGGACCUCUACGUGCACAUCAUGGAGCAGUAUCAUCCCGAUGCGCAUGUCGGGAAGACGAAGAGGAAGCGCGCUACGCGGCAUGCAGAGGGAGAGGAGGGCGGAGAGCCAGAGGUCCGCUAUGCGGAGAUCAACCGGGCGGUGCGAGAUGAGGAGCUGAGCUCGGUCAAGGAUGCCGCAGUCGCGGCUGGUCUCUGGCGGUUCUGUGAGGUCAAUGAACAGGGGGGCUUCCAUCUUUGA